AUGGCCUCUUACGCUUCCGCUCACUCACCAACCGAGUCCAGAUCUCUCACACUCAGAAGCCUGCUUUCCGUCUUUGGCGCUGGACCGGGGCACCAAAAGUCCGAGUCAGUAAACGUGGAAAAGGACGACGAGACCAUCCCGGGUCAGCUCCCUCUUCUUCCCGCCGGCAAUUUCUUCGGAAACGUAUCAGCAGUUGCCCAAAUAAUCUGGGCCUUCACCAAAAAUGACCUCUUCACUUCCACGCUACCCAACACCAUCUUCGGCAUCACAGCCGCCAUCGCUGAUACUCACCUCCGCGGCGAGGCUUCCGAAGGCCCCACAUUUUCCGAAAUAAUUGCCAGAUUCCCACUCACCUACUUCUUCAACUUCUACGCCCUACUCAUCUUCAAUCUCGGCAACCAGCGGCCCCGGGAGGGGUCCAUCGCCGAGGAGCGCGUCAACAACAAAAAGCCCUUGCCCUCUGGCAAGACCAUCACAACGCCCGGGCAGAUCCGCCGCGCCUACCUCAUCCUGCUCCCCAUCACCCUCGCCGUCAACCACCUUUUCGGCGUCUGGCACGAAGGGCUCAUGAUCCACCUCCUGACUUUCAUCUACAACGACCUCGGCGGCGGCAACGAGCCCUUUGUGCGCGACAUCAUCCUCGGCAUCUCAUUCGGGUACAUCAACUCUGCCUCUCUCAAAAUUGCCCUCUCAGCCACCACCACCACCGCGACCACCACCACCACCAUCAGCAGCAGCAGCAGCAGCAGCAGCAGUAGCCCGCACGGCCACACCUGGACCUGGCUCAACCUCGUCAGCGUCCUGAUCGCCACCACCAUCGGCUGCCAGGAAUUCAAGAACCACAAGGACCACCACGGGCAAGAGGGGGGCGGCGGCGGCGGCGACGACGGCAAGACGAUGAUGCGCAAUAACAAGCGCAAAAAGACGCUAGCCAUCUUCCUCGGCGAAGCGGCAGUCCCGCGGGCGCAGCUGGCCAUGAUGAUGCCGCUCUGGACGCUCGUCUGCGCGUGGUUCUGGCGGCUGAAGAUCAGUGUCGCCGCCUCCUUUUUGCUCUAUUCGCUGUUCGUGGCGAGCAGGGUGCUCACGCAGAGGAACGCGGGUGCGGAGGAGCGGACGUGGAGGUUUUGGGCGAGAUGGACGGUUGUGGUUUAUUUGUUUCCGGUUGUGGCUGUUUUGUCGGCGGAUUGA